AAUGUGCUCGCACUCUUGUGAAGAUCAUGUCAAGUUGCCUGCAGAUGGAGUGCAGGGAGUGGCGUCGCCUGGCGCUCAGAGGCCUCGUGGUGCUCAGCAAGGAUCCCUCGAUGGCCAGCAGAAUGUGCAGUCUGUCUCCGAGCCUUCUGGAGCUGCUGGGUGAUGCCGAUGGAGAGGUGGUCAGCAUGUCCAUCCAUGUGUUCACAAAUGUGCUCCAGGCAGACAUCCUGGUAUCCAGCACCACUGCCCCAAAACUGGCUGAGGCACUGCUGCUGCUCUUUGACCAUGACAACAGCUAUGUGCAAGUGCUCUCCCUUCAGCUCUUCUUCAGGGUGAUGGACUUGGUAGUGGAUGAGGGAAAAAAGCCCCUUGCAAAGAUUUUGAGCCAAAGCCUCCUUCCACUCUUCUUCCACUGCCAUGAUGAGAACCAGUGUGUGGCAAAGGCCUCUUGGGAAACGCUGCUUCGUGUGGCAAGGUUCCUGAAGAGGAGGAAGCUCAAGCAGCUGGUGAAGAAGGGGCAGCUGUCAGAGUUCACCGAGGUCCUGCUGGCAGAGGACAGGAGCCGAGCGGCCGAGCACCUGCGCCGGGCGCUGCGCUUCCUGGAUAGCCCACAGGAGCCCCUGCGAGCGGCGGCCGUCAGGAUCAUGGGCAUGACCGGGAUGGUCACGAUGGGCUGGAAAGAAGAGCUCCAGCUCCUCAAUGAGGCCCUUCAAGGCCUGAGAAGAGAUGACAGCCCUUCCCAAAUGAACAUAGUUGUUCAACGGAGAAUCGUUGAGAGAUCUGCAGAACUACGUUUCUCUGGUGGCUCAGAAGAACCAUUGCUCCUAAAAGUCCUAAAAACACCAUGGAAGAGGAGAUCACCUUGAGAGGCCAGAAGAGACAGAAGAGACCAGCUGGAGCUUCAGGCACAGCUGAUGAUUGGCAUAGCUGAGCCGCUGGGAAGCUCCAAUAGCUCCUGCCUUCUCCCUGCCUGUUGACAACUCCAUGCCUCCCCCCAGCCCUCAGACCCUGCCCGUCCUCUUUCUUCCCUCCCCACUCCUCCCUUUGCUUCGCCUUCCAUUAAUAAACAGUUUGGCUUCUUCA